AUGUCGUCAAUUAAGAUAGCUCCAUUCGAGCCUAGCUCUCUCGAAUCUAUUCCCUCCACAGUGAAGCUCCUACGAACUACCUUUCGCUCGCAAAAAACGAAACCACUUGAAUACCGUCUGAAGCAACUUCGCAAGCUCUACUGGGCCAUUGUCGAUAAUAGUGAUGCUCUUGUCGAAGCAGAGAAGAGCGAUCUCGGAAAACCUGCUUUCGAAACUGUUCUUACGGAAACAGAAUGGAUGAAAAAUGAUAUUGUAUUUGUCUGCAAGAACUUAAAAAAAUGGAUGAAGGACCAAUCUGCUCCAGAUAUGGCCCUCCAAAAUACCUUAUUCAGCCCUAGAAUUCGAAAGGAACCUUUGGGCACGGCUUUGGUCAUCGGUGCAUUCAAUUUCCCAGUUCAAUUGGCUUUGGGUCCAUUUGUUGGAGCUAUCGCUGCAGGAUGUACAGCUGUGUUGAAGCCCUCUGAGCAGUCACCCAAGACAGCCAUGAUUUUGAAGAAGAUUAUUGAAGAAAGUCUCGAUCCAGAGGCAUAUACAGUGGUCAAUGGAGCUGUUCCCGAGACGACAGCUUUGUUGAACGAGAAAUGGGAUAAAAUCUUCUAUACCGGAGGCGAAACAGUGGGAACCAUUAUUGCAAAGAAGGCUGCGGAAACCUUAACACCAGUUGCUUUAGAACUUGGUGGUAGAAAUCCAGCUAUCAUAUCGAAGAAUGCGGAUCCUAAUCUUGCGGCCAGAAGAUUAUUAUGGGGUAAGAUUCUUAAUGCCGGGCAGGUUUGCAUUGGCCAAAACUAUGUCAUGGUGGAAAAGGAAAUCUUAGAUGCUUUUAUCGAGCAACUUGGAAUUGCCUAUAAAGAAUUCUUUCCUAAUGGCGCCAAAGCAAGUCCCGAUUAUGGCCGAAUUGUCAACAACAGACAAUUUUUACGAAUCAAAAAGAUGCUUGAUAACACCGGAGGAAAGAUCCUGCUUGGCGGGGAAUUGGAUGAAGCCGAGAAUUUCAUCGCGCCAACUGUCGUUUUGGUUGAUAGUCCGAACGAUUCAAUGUUGGUGGAUGAAUCUUUCGGUCCAUUGAUUCCUAUCCUACCAGUUGAUAGUCUUGAUGAAGCUAUCAAUAUCGCUCAUGAUAUCCACUCAACUCCAUUGGGUUUCUAUCCAUUUGGAACAAAAGAAGAAACUGAUAAGAUGCUCGGCAGCAUUACAUCUGGCGGUGCUACUGUUAACGACGCUUUCUUCCACGGCUCAAUACAAACUCUUCCAUUCGGAGGAGUAGGAACUAGUGGAACUGGCUGUUAUAGAGGCGAGCAAUCCUUCCUCGCCUUCACCCAUCUCCGUUCUGUUGUCACGACCCCCAGCUGGAUCGAAAAAAUGCUCAAUGUUCGCUACCCACCAUAUACCGAUGCCAAGCUUGCCCAAUUCCUCAAAUCCAGUAGGCAGAAACCAAACUUCGAUAGGGAAGGUAAUGAAGUUAGAGGAUUGAGUUAUUGGCUGGGCUUUGUGACAAGCCUUGGUGGUGAGGGAGUUAAGAGUGUGCUUGUCAGGUGGGCAGUUCUCGCUUUCAUUACUUAUGGAUCGAAGAAAGUUUGGGAUUUGAAAUUUGGUAGUGGGUUGCCUUCUUAUCUGAAAUGA